AUGUCCUCGACACUCUGGCCGCUCGCGGGCAACGCGCACGGUGCGUGUCGGGACGCUGCCCUAAACACGCCGGCCAACGACCUGCUUCUCGGCUUGAGCGAGCUCAGUUGCCAGGACGCGUGCGUGGCCGACAGCUUCUGCCACGCCACCGGAUUCAGCAUCCCGGUCGGUUGGGAAAAGGAGUGCAGGCUCUUCAAGUCGCCCGUCGUCCGGACCCUCCCUAUGAGCGGAGUGUCUUGCCGCCUAAAGCCGGGUUCUUCUUCCAGCUACAUCGGCCCAUCGUCAAUGAGCCUGUCCUUCGGCCCGGGCUUGGCGCAAGCUCCCGGCCCACCAACGCCGUCGAGCCCGCCACCUCCACAGCUGCCGUGGGCUAUCCCGCCUCCGCCGCCACCCAGCGCCCUCUCUGCAACGCCGUGGUGGCUGCCGGGACCCGUCACGACGGGACUCACCGGCCAGGCGAGGCCCCGUCCGCCACAUUUGCUGCCGCCACCGUCGCCGCCGCCGAAUUUGCCGCCCCCCACGCCGCCACCACCGCCACCGUCGCCGCCGAAUUUGCCGCCACCCACGCCGCCACCACCGCCACCGUCGCCGCCGCCGAAUUUGCCGCCCCCCACGCCGCCACCACCGUCACUGCCGCCGCUGCUGCCGUGCACAGAGUGUGCGGACGAGCGGAACAAGUGGAUGGCGACCAACUCCUUAACGUGCCACAGUUUUCCCUACGCGUACAUCAAGCUCUGCAAGUGGGAUGCGGAGUGGGCCAUGCAGAAGUUCUGUCAGAGGUCGUGCUUUGACAACGGGGCGGGCUACGGCGAGUGUGCGGACGAGCGGAACAAGUGGAUGGCGACCAACUCCUUAACGUGCCACAGUUUUCCCUACGCGUACAUCAAGCUCUGCAAGUGGGAUGCGGAGUGGGCCAUGCAGAAGUUCUGUCAGAGGUCGUGCUUUGACAACGGGGCGGGCUACGGCGACGAGCCGCCGCAGCUGCCGCCGCUGGACGCCUCUGAAGCCAUCGUCAAAGGGCUCCGGCUCUGGCAGCUGGCGGGUCGAGGCGCAAUGGGCCCGGCGGCGCAGAUUUGGUCGUACGGCUUGGCGGGUGCCGCCACAGGAGUCGCUGCUGGGCUGCUGGGCGUGGGCCUUUGGGCAGGCCUCCUCUGCUGGCGCAGGCGGCCCUACCCUCUCCGCGACCGCGAGACAGAGGGGCGGGCGCCGGCGCACCUCCGGCACACGCAGCUUCAAGAGAGCAUCGCGAUCGCGGAUCAUGACGAAACUGAUCGAAGCAGCCAGCGAGCAUUGACAAUGGCCGAGCCCGUCGACGCCGGCGUCGAAGCAGCUCGCCGCGUGGCCCGCGAGACGGACGAGCUCUGGGCGAGGCAAACCGGCGCAGUCCCACGGGUGCGCGAUCUCAUUGCAAGCAGCGAGGAGCGCUCUGGUGCGCAGCCCGCGCCGCGCCGCUCAUACGGAAAGAGUUGA